AUGGUGACGGCAACGUCUGAGAUUGAGCUCCGGCGAAAUCGUCAUGUUCGUCGAAUGAUUUCUUCAAUUUCUGGGGCUUCAAGUCGAGAGAUGCGAUUAGAAGUUAAGGAGAUAUUCGCCAAUUUUGCCUGGUUCAUAUUUGUGGAACAACCAGAGAGUAAGUACGCUGUCCGAUUUGCCAAUGAGGUUAUUGAAGCUAUGCUGAUGCUAUUUGAAAGUUCAAUAUGUUCCUUAAACGUCCGGGGUUUACGUUUAAAUUGUCACGGUGGCGCUGAAAUAAUAAACAACUCAUAUCAUCAGGAGAUCAGAAAUAACUGGUCGAUUUCAGCAACUAUCUCGUAA